GCUGAAGGUCCGCAUAAAGACAAAGGGCCUCAGAAUCGCGCAGGCGCAGUUGUGCCCUGGGUCGCCAAGAUGUCGACCUCAAAGUAUAAGCCGUCGCACCUGGCCACUCUGCCCUCGACCCUCGACCCAGCUGAAUACGACACAUCUCCGGAAACCCGGCGGGCGCAAGCCGAGCGGUUGGCUAUAAGAGCCCGGCUGAAACGAGAGUACUUGCUUCAGUACAACGAUCCCAACCGCCGAGGGCUCAUCGAAAAUCCUGCCUUGCUUCGUUGGACCUAUGCGAGAACAAAUGUCUAUCCUAAUUUCAGACCCACUCCUAAAAACUCACUCAUGGGAGCUGUGUUUGGAAUCGGGCCCCUCAUCUUCCUGUAUUGUGUUAUCAAAGCUGACAGGGAUAGGAAAGAAAAACUUAUCCGGGAAGGAAAAUUGGAUCGAACGUUUCAGCUCUCAUGUUAAGUCUGGCAAUGAUGACUAUAUGUAUUCCUGCCUAAAUAAAUAGUUUAUUAAUCAUUAA